UUCAAAAUUCACAAUUGUUUUCUUUUUAUCUAAUAAAUCGCAAAGGAAGGUCCGCUGGUUGUAUCUAAGAAUUUCUGCUGACGAAUGGUCGAGGUGAGUACCCGUUUUAGACCGCUAGAUCCAUAUGAACGGUUGUAAAUUUAAAACAGGCUUACGUAGAAACGGGUACAAAAAUACCAGCCCAGCCCAUCCAAGUUAAAAUACUAAAAAGCCCUCCCAGAACCCAAAAUCCUGUUUUUGAAAAAUCUGAAAACAGAGAGCGCGGGGUGGCGCAGCUGUCAGCGGCGACCGUCAUUCACGGCGCACGUUAGAUGCCCCCGGCAAACUGUUGCAGCAUUGGCUGAGUCAGUGAGUGAGCGAGUCAGUCGAUUAGAUGAGUUCGAAAGAGAAGUACAGAAUCGAGCUUCGAACUGCGAUUCGACAGCUGAGCGAUCGCUGCCUCUACGCCGCUUCCAAAUGGGCGGCAGAGCAGCUCGUCGGCAUCAUCGAGCAAGACCCGGUAAAGUUCACGCGUGCGAACACGAGAUUCCAGCGCGGGAGCUCCAGCAUCCGGCGCAGAUUCCGCACCAACGACAUCACCCCGACGUCGGCUGCCGGCGUGUCGUAUGUGUCCACUCCGGUGAUGGAGGAAGAUGACAUUGUGGACGGCAUUUUGACUGCAGGGAGUACAGAAGAGCUGCUCAUGUGCUUCGUGAUCAGAACGGAAAGAAGUCGUGCUCUUUAUCUGGCUGGAGAAAAGCGGAAAGAGGAAGAAAUGAUGGAACUUGAGGGGCCCCUAGGAAAGAGCGAUGUUGUGAAUGGUGAACUGGUUUCUCUCGAGAGGGAGUUAUCAACCCUUCGCAAGAAUCCCAUAUUGAUCCUUCUGGACUCUACUUGUAUGGCCUUGUGCUCAAAGACAAAGGCAGCAAGAGUCUUGCUCUUACAGUUCUUGUGGAGUCUGUUAAUAGCUACCCUUGGCACUGGAGUACCUGGUCGGAGCUGCAGUCGUUGUGCACUACAGUUGAUGUCUUGAAUAGCCUUAAGCUCAAUAACCAUUGGAUGAAGGACUUCUUUCUCGCCAGUGCUUAUCAAGAACUCAGGAAGCACGGUGAAGGCAGGUGCAGUUGUCGUGAACCCUGAGUCGGAGAUGCAUCGCGAGGUCAUUACCCAAGAAUCACCGAUGAACGCGGGUGCCGUCGCCGUCAAUAUCCACGAUCCGCACCCCACGCCCCAUGAGCCUGCCCGUGAAAUUUCCGCAUUCUCCUGGAUUGUCCAAAAUUUGAUGCAAGCAUCCAGGUUCUUGGCAAGACUGAUCACAUUUGUGGAAAGCUGGGAAGCCUUUCCACAACUCACCGCCGCAAAGGCAUUCUUGCUCCCUAAAUUGGUGGCGGUUAAAACCAUCGCGGACCUCUUGCUUCUUGUGUUAGGGGUAUAGGUGAGUAAGUUACUUCGUCCGUCUUCUCCUCAGGUAUCCACCUUCUUGUCCAUAUAGGGUAUCUAGGUGAAAGAAAAGAAAGUAAAAAGUACUUCGUCCCUUCUUGUAUAUCCAGCAGGUGUGUCCUUUUUGUGUAUCCGUCGAAUUUUACCAGAAAAUGAUACGUCAAAAUUUUGCACUUGUUCAAAUUCCCUGAGAUUGUAUUGUGUGUGCCUUUGCAAAUUGAGCUUGAAUGUUAUUACUGAAAACAAUACUUGAGGAGAAGACAUACGAAGUACUUUACUCACCUAUACCCCUAACACAAGAAGCAAGAGGUCCACGAUGGUUUUAACCGCCACCAGUUUAGGGAGCAAGAAUGCCUUUGCGGCGGCAAGUUGUGGAAAGGCUUCCCAGCUUUCCACAAAUGCGAUCAAUCCUGCCAAGAACCUGGAUGCUUGCAUCAAAUUUUGGACAAUCCAGGAGAAUGCGGAAAUUUCACGGGCGGGCUCAUGGGGCGCGGGGUGCGGAUUGUGGAUAUUGACGGCGACGGCGCCCUCGUUCACCGGUGAUUCUUGGGUAAUGACCUCGCGGUGCAUCUCCGAUUCAGGGUUCACGGCAACUGCGCCCGCCUUCACCGGCGACUCUUGGCCGAGGUGCUUCUCCUUCGGCGAUUAUUUGGCAACUGCGCCCGCCUUGACCGGCGACUCUUGGCCGAGGUGCUUCUCCUCCGGCGAUUCUUUGGUAAUGACCUCGCGGUGCAUCUCCGACUCAGGGUUCACGACAACUGUGCCCGCCUUCACCGGCGACUCUUGGCCGAGGUGCUUCUCCUCCGGGGAUUCUUUGGCAACUGCGCCCACCUUCACCGGCGACUCUUGGCCGAGGUGCUUCUCCUCCGGCGAUUCUUUGGUAAUGACCUCGCGAUGCAUCUCCGACUCAGGGUUCACGGCCACUGCGCCCGCCGUCACAGGCGAUUCUUGGCCGGUCGGCUCUGGUUAUUCAUUGGUAAUGAGCUCGCGGUGCAUCUCCGACUCAGGGUUCACGGUCCCCGGCAGAGCAUGGGUCGGAGCGUCAUUAACAACAUUUUCCAACCAAGAACCUGUUGACGUCUCAACGGACUCCGGAAGGGAAGAGUCCAUGUCAGGAAGCUUAAUUUUUUAUCGCGGAAAUUGGUUGGAAGCUUUUUGAGAGUUACAAAUUUUGU